AUGGCAAGUUCUCCUCUUCCCGAGUAUGUUACUGCAGAGUUAACUGGUCAUCACGGCCCAGCUAGAGCUGUGAGAUUUAACACGUCUGGUUCCUACUGUCUAACGUGUGGAAGCGACAAGACCGUAAAACUGUGGAAUCCUCAUCGAGGAUUAAUAAUAAAAACAUAUCAAGGUCAUGGACGAGAAGUACUGGAUGUUGCAGCUGCACGAGACAAUAGCCGAAUUGUGUCAUGUGGGGCUGAUAAACUUGUUAUAUUGACUGAUGUUUCAACUGGUAAUAUUAUUCGUAAGUAUCGUGGACAUUUAGAGAGAGUAAACUGUGUAAAAUUUAAUGAUGAAUCAACUCUUCUUAUUUCGGGUUCGUAUGAUGCCACCAUUCGACUCUGGGACUGUCGGUCAAGACAGUAUGAACCCGUCCAAGUAAUCGACGAUGCUAAGGACAGCGUGACGUCAGUCCAAGUUACAGACCAUGAAAUUCUGACAGGAUCAGUGGAUACGUAUGUGCGCAAUUACGACAUCAGAAUGGGUAAACUCUACCAAGACUGCGUCGGAUAUCCUAUUACAUCAGCACCAUUCACUAAUGACAGACAGUGCAUCAUUGUAUCAUCAUUGGAUAGCACUAUACGAUUGCUGGAUAAAGAUACUGGAGAGCUUCUCAAUGAGUUUAAGGGGCAUCAAAGUCAAGACUACAAGAUUGAUUGCUGUUCAUCUAACACAGAUGCCCAUAUAAUCAGUGGUUCAGAGGAUGGAAGAAUUUGCAUCUGGGAGCUCGUCGAGGCUAAACUUAUCCACUCCCUACCACAAGGAGCUAAAACUUCAGUUGUUUAUUCUCUUGCCUUUCACCCUAGAGAAGCAUGCUUGGUAGCAGCUGCCAGUGAUGGAUCCAUUAAAGUAUGGAAAGGAGGAGACAGAGGGCAAACUUCAGAGACAACAGCUUAGAUUCAAAUGUUAAAUGAACAAGUAACACACACAAACAAACAGCAAAUUCAUUCUGAUUUCUCCUGAGACUUAGAUCAUAAAACUGCAAGCAUGCACUCACAAAAUCAUUUUUUGCUACUAGUUCAUAAUUC